AUGGCGUCGGAGUCCGUCGUGGGACGGUCCGACGACGACGACCGCGAAGUGGCGAAAUGGAAGCGGCGACUGGACGAAAAUAAAUACAUUCGAGCAAACUUGCUGGAUCAAGCCAACAUGCUGUCGUACACUAUGCAGCGCUUGAGUGCGAGGCAUCGGGGGCUUGGCGUGGUAGACGUUUACUCGAUUUGGAGGAUGUUGGGCCAAGGGUAUUCCAUUGACGAACGAGACGACAAUGGCGUGCCACCGUUGGUGCACUGCGCAAUUAGAGGAUGGUUGGGCGUCAUUCUCAUGUUUAGCCAGCAUCCCCACAAUGUCAACGUUACUUCCACGAUGCAAGAAACUGCCGUGAGUGCGGCAUGCCGUCGUGGCCACAUGAACGUGGUGCGGUAUUUAAUCCGUCGAGACGCCGACUUGAGCGUUUGUGAUAAAUCUGGGUUUUCGUGCUUGCGGUGGGCAGCCAAACACCGAAACAAACACCUCGUCCGGUUACUCUUGCAGCGUGGAGUGUCUGUGCAAAAGGAUUGCGGCACUGUCAACCACUCAGCCUUGGACUGGGCGCGGGCAAAUCACGACGAAGACAUCGAGAAUAUGUUGGUGGCCGUGCUUGUCGAGGAGAAGAAGGUUCAAGUAGCCAUAUUGCAACAAAAGGCGAAAGCGACGCACGAGAAGUCGGCUGCUUCUGCUGCUAAGGUGGUUGCAGAAGCUACCGCAGUAGUUGCCGAACCGACGAUGGAAGAGCGGCGCCAGGAACACCUCAAGCACCAGGAACAAGAGCGAGAUGCAGCGUUCAGGGAGCGCGUGGAUGCGUUGUACAGCCAGCAGCCAGUGCAACUGCUGAAGAGCCUUCGACCUAUCGAAGUGGCGCCAUUACCAGUGCCAGUCGCUGAAACAGAGUGGCGCAAGAAGGAAUGCAUGGCGUGGGAGCGGGUGGCUGUAUCCCCCAAGCGGCAAGAGGAAGCGACGCCCCAUGUAAACAUGACACGCAUCAGGCAACUCAUGACAAUGGACGACGACGUCGAGGAUGCAAGUAUGGAUGCGUUGGUCUCCUUCGCACAACGUGCCAAACCAAAGCCUGCGUCGCUGAAGUUUUAUUGUCCAGAGGUUUAACUCUCUACUGACGCCACACUCGUGUGAAUAUGACAUGUUUUGCAUUGGAGGCAGCAUCGAUGGAGUUUUGGUGGCAGG